AUGAAAUCAUCGUGUUACGCUUUACUUUUGCUCAGUUUAGUCGUGUUUGCUCAGGCUGAAAUCAGCGAAGAGAAAUUAAUCAAAUACAAGAUGCAAUGUUUGACUUAUUCGAGGGUUUCGAUUGAGGCAGUCAAUGAAAUGAAGAUGGGCGUUUUCUCGGAUGAGGCAAAGCUGAAGGAAUUCUUGUUUUGCGUUGCGAAGAAGACUGGGUUUAUGAAUAAGGAUGGACAAUACGAGGUGGACAGAAUUCGAUCGGUAAUCGAGGAAACUCGAGGGAUGGGAGGUGCGGAAAUCUUUGUUUCCGGUUGUCUUAAAGAGCCAAAAGAAUCCGGUCCGGAGACGAGCUUUGAGCUGGCAAAAUGUCUCUUCGAAAAAUCCAAAGGUUACAUCUCAUUAAUCUCAGUAUAAAUCGCAAUAUUUGCAUUGAAAAAUCU